CCGGUUGUUGCGUGCCACACCCGGGUGCUGGGCUGCCAUUGAGCCUGUGAGCUUGUGUGAGACGCUCAGCUGGAGUGGCUUCAGUAAAGGUGGGCUUCACGAGCUUCCCCUGGAAAAGAAUGUAAAUGUGGAACAUUUCCUGUUGUAUGCAGGACAGCUACUAUGGGCCAGGGCUCUGUCAUUCAGCACAGCGUGAAUGCUAGCCUGUCCACAGAUCACCUCACCGACAGUGUGGAGAAGGACUGAUAGAGUCUCAGACUAGCCUGACAUCACCAUCCGGCUGAAUUUUUCCACAUCGGGAAUCAAAGAGCGCAGACUUCAAAAUGCACAGCAAAGAUCAGAUCUGCCACGACGACUACCAGAAGACCGCCGACUGGCUCCUGUCGCAGACCCAGCACCGGCCCAAAGUGGCCAUCAUAUGCGGCUCGGGGCUGGGCAUGCUGGCCGACGCCCUCAAGCUGCAGGACUCCUUCCACUACGCAGACAUCCCCGGGUUCCCACAGAGCACCGUGCAGGGACACGCAGGGAGGCUGGUGUUCGGAGAGCUCAAAGGGAAGACGUGCGUGUGCAUGCAGGGGCGGUUCCACAUGUACGAGGGGCACUCGCUCAGCAAGGUCACCUUCCCGGUGCGGGUCUUCAAGCUGCUGGGGGUGGAGACGCUGAUCGUCACCAACGCCGCCGGCGCCCUGGCGGAUGGCUACUGCAACGGCGACAUCAUGAUCAUCCGCGACCACAUCAACCUGCCGGGCCUCGCCGGGCUCAACCCGCUCAACGGGCCCAACGACGACAAGUUCGGCCCCCGUUUCCCCCCCAUGUCCGGUGUCUACGACCAAGACCUGCGCCGUCUGGCCAAAGACAUCUGCAAGAGCCUGGGCUUCUCACAGUUUCUGCAUGAGGGCGUGUACUGCAUGGUGGGCGGGCCUAACUUCGAGAGCAUCGCUGAGGCGCGUUUCCUGCACAAACUCGGGGCUGACGCUGUGGGUAUGAGCACGGCGCCAGAGGUCGUGGUGGCCAGCCACUGCGGCAUGAAGGUGUUCGGCCUCUCCCUCAUCACCAACAAGGUGGUGAGGGACUACGAGGACACGGAGAAGGUGAACCACGAGGGCGUCCUGGGCGUCAGCAAGAUGCGCUCGGAAACCCUGCAGACCCUGGUCACCGAGCUGGUGAGCCGGCUGGACAUCAACAACAACACCGCGUGAGCUACAGCCGCCGCGCUCGGGCGACCGACAGCUCCGUCUCCUAGACGACUGACCCCGCCCCCACCCACCCCACCUGGAUGACUGACUCCUCCCACAACUGGACAGCUGACCCCUCCCUCUCAACCCAGAAAGUCUACAGGCUCUUAAACGCAUUUCAAGUCAAGUCUAUUUGUUGCCCAAAGCUGUAGGUCAUGAUUUUUUUUAUAUAUCACAUUGAAAUCAUUCCCUUUCCCACUGUAAGAAAACUAUUAUAUUUAUGUUUAUUUUUUGUCCUGUGUAAUAUUGUGGAAAUAAUAUAUAUUUCUUCCCAAGUGUAAGUAUUUCUCAAUGUAAAAUAUGAUGGACAGUAUGAACAUGUCUUCAAAAUGGGUGCAAUGUCAAAACAUGCUUUUCUGUGCAAUUCCACAUAUUGGUAUCCAGUUCUAACACCUCUUAUUUGCACACAUUCGUGUGUUCAAGAUCAAGAAUAAAGAUCAGUGCAUUUCUCAUUGUGGCACAUCUGCAACGGUAAUAUCAGCCAAGCUAACCCUGUUUAUGGUACGUUCUGUUUGCUGUAAAAUAUGAGAAAAUUUGUUUGGUUUUUUUUUUUGUAAAAGUGGACACAUGGUUGGGAAAUUGUGAGAACAACAUGACAAUUUCCCACAUAUAAAUAAUAGAACAUAUAUAUUUAUGGCUUGUAUGGCACUUUAAUGCUGUAUUUAUGAUACAAUGUUCUUAUUUGUGUACAUUAUUAGAGCGGAUCUCUUUAAAAGUUUAAUCAUCCUGUGUAAAGGCCCUGAUAGCAUCUUUUGAUUAAUAAAUUAUUUACGACAGUAAA